AGUUCAAUGGCACCUAUCAGUGAAUUGUACAAUUGAACCAAAUCAUCCUGCCUGUGGGAAACGUUUGAUUCGUGUACCGGAUUACAAAAGGAAUGUAGAAAUGACUUCCGAUGUGGAUGUACACAAAUAUGGCACACCUCUGCCCUUGCUAGAGUUUGAUGAGGUUGUGCCCACAAAGAAACCAGUAUAUGCCCAGGACCAAAUUGCUACCGAUGACCAAGGAAGACGACGUUUUCAUGGUGCUUUCACCGGAGGCUUUAGUGCUGGCUACUGGAAUACGGUGGGCUCCAAAGAAGGUUGGACUCCACAGUCAUUUAAAAGUUCACGAUCCGAAAAAGCAUCUGGCCGAGUAACACAACGUCCCGAAGAUUUUAUGGACGAUGAAGAUUUAGGAGAAUUUGGUAUAGCUCCAAAAGGUUUGCAGAUACAAGAAGACUACACGGGACCCGAAACAUCCAAAGAACAAAGAAAAAGGAAAUUUCUUCAGUGUGAUUUAAAGGCAAUACCCGGAGAGCCGGUACUGCAGCAACUUCUGAGGCCGGUAAAAGACAAAGUAUCUGUAAGGAUAUUAAAAUCAUGGGGCUGGCGACCUGGACAAGGCUUUGGGCCAAGGCAGACACGAAAGGAAAAGAAGAAAGCGAGGGAAAGAAAUAAAAAAGAGUUGUAUUUGUUGGAAAAAUACGGCUGUGAUUUACCCACUAAUAGUAAAACGGCCAAUGAUACCGACGACGAUGAUGAUGAUCAGGAUGACGGCGACGACGAUUCUGAGGAAGAUGACAUUACAUUUGCCCCCGAAGAUUUUGAACCCAUUCCCUAUGGACUGAAAGAAGAUCGUUAUGGUUUGGGUUAUAAACCACUAAGUCGCCACUCAGUCUUGGGAGGCAGUAAUCAAAGUUCCAGUUCUGUGGCUGCCCACAAAGAACAUAUCAAUUUAUUCAAACCCCUAGAAAUGAUGGGUAAAAAUAAUCAAAAAAUUUCAUUUGCUGGCCAAGCUUUUGGUGUUGGUGCCCUAGAGGAGGAUGAUGAUGAAGAUGUUUAUGCCACAGAUGAUUUGACGAGGUAUGAUUUCAGUUUGGAGGAUAAAAAGAAACCCAAGAAAUCUAAGAAAGCUCUAACACCUGAUGAGUUGAUUUUUGAAGACUUCCACAUUGAUUUAAAACCAGAUAAGCCAUUGGAGUACAAACUCGAAAUACCCUUUGGAUGGCAGCCUCGCAAUUGGUAUGAGAAAAGAUCUCGGUUCGAACCAUUAGAUCCACGCACACAAAGACAAUUGGAGAAGAAAUUUGCCAAACCCCAAGACACUAAUGCCGAUGAGGGAGAAAUGACCAGGGAGAGAAGGGCUGAACUACUGGGGGAAGAAAUCAAGAGAAAAGAAGAAGAAACCAAAGGCAAUUUUGUGCCACCCUCUGUGGUAAAGCCCUCAAUAGCGGAAUUGCAAAGGCAACAAAAGGAACGACAACAGAAAACCCAAGAUUUGAUGGAGAAAAUUUCAGCUAAAUCAUCAAAUUUUACCCGAGGAGGUAUUAUAACAAUAGAGGGUGAAGAGAAAGCAGCUCCGCCCUUAACUGCGGAAGAAAUUUCGUCAGCCUUUAAACCAUUUGCCAAUGACAAUGCCAAACAGAAACGUUAUGAGCAAUUUUUGGCAGCCAAUUUGCAGAAUGAUCAUGAAAUAGACGACUUUUUGGAAAACAUUCAGCCAAUAGAGCUAUCAUUGUGGGACAGACAAAUGGAGAAAAAAGAAUUUGUACAGGCCAAAAAAAUAUACCGACCUUUAAAGGGUAUUAUGUCGGAUAGAUUUGUUACUGAAUCCCAAGUAAAAGCAGAACAAAAAGUUGCCGAAAUCGAAAAAGACCCCUCUAAACCAAUUGUUGUGGAACGCUCCAAGAUGAUGUGGAAACCCCACAGUCUCUUAUGCAAAAGAUACAACAUUGCUGAGCCAUUUGGUGGUCUAAUGGAAGAUGAAAAGAAAAAAACCAAAAACAAAUCAAAAAUGUCGGUAUUUGAUUAUUUGGAAACAUCUGUUAACAAGAAGGAGGAUUUUCAAACGCCCGUCAUUAUUCCUAAAAAUGUUGAGAAACCUCAAGAAUUGGUUAAGCAACAAACAAGUGAUUCUGCAAAUGUAACGGAGGAAAAGGAAGAGGGAACCGUCAAUUUAGAAUGGCAAGAUGUUUUGCAGGGCAAAACUAAGGCAACAGAAGAAAAAUCUAGUUUUGUUUUUAAACCCAAAACAGAUUUGGAAAAACAAGUUGUGGAAAGCAUGGAUAAACCAAUUACCGAAAAGAAGGAGUUAUUUAAAUCCAUAUUUUCCGAUAGUGAGAGUGAUGGCGAGGAAGAAGACAACAGUAAACCUGGGCAACAACCAACUGAUAUCCUUAAUCCCUUAAGUAAACCUUUGAAUGCCGCAGCAGCAAAUUUGUUGAGAAACAAUUCACCGCCAAGGGGAAUUUUUAAGGCUCUAUUUAAUGUACCGGUUAACAAUACGACGGAAUCAACCAAAUCAGAAGAAGAAAAACCUCAGUUGAAGUUGAAUGAAGUUGUGGAAAAACAAAACGACAUAGAAAUGAAAGAACCCGCAAAAGAAACUCCUAAACAAAUUGAAACUACAAAAAUACUAUUUCAACCCAAAUCUUCAAGGGAGCCAAAAGAAAAUUCGAAUUCCACCUUUACUUCGUCUUUACCCUCUGCCAAUACAACGGAACUCUAUGGUCCCAGCCUGCCUUCUAAUCUGAAAGCGAAUGAUAAUACAAAAACGUCUGCAUCCUCAUCAACAUCUGCUGCCGCCAUUGAUGCCAAAUUACUAGAGUUAUUUAAUAAACACAAACCCUCGGCACGUCUAACUGAAGUUUGGGUUGAAAAAAGCUCAAAACGCAAUAGCUCAGACAGUGAUGAUGAUUCCAGCUCAAGUGAUACCUCAUCCAGCUCAGAUGAUGACGACGUCAAACAUAAAAAACGUUCUAAAAAAUCGAAGAAAAAGAAAUCAUCGGAACAUAAACACAAAAAACAUAAGGAACACCACAAAUCAAGUAAAAAAUCCAAGAAAUCUGACAAAAAGAAAAAGAAGAAACACAAGAAGAAAUAAAAUAAUGUGUUUUUAAUAUUA